AUGCACUCAGACUGCGGACAUAUUUUGAAACCUCGAGCCGCACAGGGAAGCCACACUAUGAAUGGAAUGGGUUCUAGGCAAGAUGCGCAGACGAUGGAUAACCAAACCGAGAACUCCGGCAUCUCCGAUGAGUUACUAGCUUCGAUUGUGAAGCUUUCUACAUUGCAGGAAACAGCAGAUAUUAAUCAUGACAUGACAGAUACCAACACUAAAGGUAGUACGGGUGUCACUCUUUUACAAUCUCCUAUCAAGAAAACUGAUAGCCGUGUGGUGGAUUCGCUUGAGUCUAAAUUAAGUAGGCUUAUUGCAAGACUUUCCGAGAAGAAGGAGAAGAGCGAUCAAGGUGAUGUAAUCAAGAUGCUUAAAAUGUGCUUAAUAAAAAUUAAACAGCUGAAUAUGACGCUGAACUUUGUCAAGGAAGAUAAUGCAUCGAAAAUCGAUCGAUUGGAAUUAGAGAGAGAUCUUUUGUUCAAAGAGAUCGGGUUUAUCAAGCAUAAAAGUUAUAGAUUAAAUACAUCGAAAGCAGAUUCUACCCAGGGUGAUGCUACUCCAGGUGUACAAGGUUAUGUGACUCCCAUUACCACUCCACACAGACGCAGGAUUCAGAUCAUCCGCACAGCACGACUGAAUCCCGGAUUACGACGGAGUCGAAAAGCUCAUCAUGGUCGGUCGAAAAGCUUGGAGGAAACUUCAUCAGAUUAUAGAGAUCGUGCAGGUCAUAAGAAAAACAGCUUGAGCCUUGAUGAUCAUAACAAAUCACAUCUGCACUCUCAUUCCCAUUCUCAGGGUACACAGUUCUUUCACUACUACUCAAACACUAACAGUGUUGAAGCGGGUGACUUUAACUCCGUCGACAACAGGCGCAAUAAGAAACGGAGAGAUGGAAAGUUGAACGGUUAA